AUGGCCGCUUCCACCGCGGCAGCGGACGCCGACGCCGCGACUGCCAGCGGCGCGGACGAGCCGCAGGCGGCCUGCGACGACAGCGCCUGCUCGACGCCGUUCGUCAGCGCGCCGUCCAGCCCCACGCGGGACCGCGACCGGGACCCCUACCCGUCCCACUUCUUCUUCAGUGCGCCGACCAGCCCCACCCGUGGCGGCGGGAAGGACGCCAUCACCGGCGUCCUCGACUUCGACUUCGACUUCUCCUCGCGCUUCCCGUCGCCCUCCGCCGCCGCCAUGUCCUCCGCCGACGAGCUCUUCCACAACGGCCAGAUCCGCCCCGUCCGCCUCGCCGCCGCGCUGCUCCAGCCCCACCCAGACCCCGCCGCGCUGCUCGACUUCGUCCCCGACACUGCCGCGGAGGCGCGGGGCGCUGGCGCGGAGCAAGAGGCUGAGGCGGACGAGCGCGGCCGCGUCCGGAGCCGCUCCCUGCGCCGGAAGGCGCGCUCGAUGUCGCCGUUCCGCACGCACUGGCGGUCCGCGGCCCACGCGCCUGUACCGCUGCCGGAGCCCGAGUCCGCCGACGAGGCAAAGCCGGCAGCGACCCCCGCGGCGUCGCGCUCCUCGUCGUCCUCGUCCACCGCCUCCUCUGCCUCGUCCACGUCGUGCUCGUCCUCCCGUGGAUCCCGCCGCUUCGGCGGGUUCCUGAAGGACCUGCUCCACCGGAGCAAGUCGGACGGCGGCAAGACCACCCACCACCAGCACCAGCAUUCCCACCACGCUGCAGCAGGUCCAGCUCCGCCAACCGCGGCGGCGGCGAAGGCGAGCGCAUCGUCACCAACUCCGUCUCCGUCACCCGCGGCGGCGAAGGGGAGGGGCAGCGGCGCGCCGGGCCACCGCGGCGGCGGCAGGAGGAGGUCGGCGCACGAGCGGCUGUACGAGGCGCGGCGCGCGGAGGCCGAGGAGAUGCGGCGCCGGACGUCGCUGCCGUACCGCCAGGGCUUGCUCCUCUUCGGCUGCAUCGGGCUCGGCAACCGCAGCUACGGCGCCGUCCACGGCCUCGCCAGGGGGCUCAACGCCGCCGCCGCUGUCUCCUCCAGGUCGUGA